GCUGCUGGCUAAUGUACGGAGCACUCUUUCACUUUCGUCUCGUGACGGAAAUGACGCCUCCCGGUAGAGGGCGUUGAGCGUGCUGACAUCAGCUGCGUGGGCUCCGGUGCUCGGAGGCCGAGAAGAUGGCGGUGAGCGCAGUUACAGUUCCUCGUAAUUUCCAAUUACUGGAAGAACUUGAAGAAGGGCAAAAAGGAGUUGGAGAUGGUACGGUUAGUUGGGGCCUUGAAAAUGAUGAAGAUAUGACUCUUGCUAGAUGGACUGGAAUGAUAAUUGGGCCUCCACGGACCAAUUAUGAAAAUAGAAUAUACAGCUUGAAAAUAGAGUGUGGACCUAAAUAUCCCGAAGCCCCCCCGACACUUAGAUUUGAAACAAAAAUAAACAUGAAUGGUAUAAAUAGCUCCAAUGGCAUGGUGGAUUCACGAUGCAUACCUGUUUUAUCUAAAUGGCAAAACUCAUAUAGCAUUAAAGUUGUCCUCCAAGAACUUAGACGCAUGAUGAUGUCCAAAGAAAAUAUGAAGCUCCCACAGCCUCCAGAAGGACAAACCUACAAUUAAAUAAUGUGGGAAUGUUUCCAUUCUUCCUCCCAGCCCCUUCCACAAAUUUCUAAAAGGCCUGCAAUAUGUAUUGUUGCAUGCCUCUGCCUCUCCAGCUCUGAGAGGGAAAGCCCUUUCAGCCCUGAAAACUAAAAACUGGGCACAAUUUGCACAUGACUUCUCAUUGUUGUCUUGGAUGUCUCCUAGUUUUGACUCCCAUUGGUCAUGGACAUAUUAUGCAACGUGUGUUGCAGUGAAACCCCUAUACACCUGCACAAUAGAGAAAAAAAAUAAGAUAAACAGGGCAAUGGGGUUCCAAAUAAGUAUUUUCUCUGAUCUAGAGUUGCUUGAUUUAAGGAUUUUCACAUUCAUGAUAUUUUUGUUUCCUUAAAGAGCAGCAGUAUUUUUUCUUUUCUUACAUCUUUAUUAUAGGGUUCUGAGAUUUGCUGUGUGACAUUUUCAUUUGUGUCAGAUGCACCUUAGUAACAGACUGCAUAUUGCCUUCAACAAGAUGUAGUCUGUUGCUAAGGGCCAUCUUACAGAAUUUUUAAUGUUGUUUGUAUCAACAAACACAAUUUUCGGGUUGUACAUAGAUAUAGUCUACAUAUUACUAAAUGAUUACUAUGCAUUGCUUCUCAUCUGAUCCCGAGUUGCAAUCUGCUGGUUAUUAAAGGGAUUGUCUCACUUCAGCAAAUGGCUUUUAUCAUGUAGACAGAGUUAAUACAAGAUACUUACUAAUAUAUU